UUAAAUACAAACCCUCUUUUCUCCAUCUCUAGAUAAGAUGGUCAGCCGUUAGCGUGUAAUCAACUGUUCCUGGAAGUUUUUUGUUGGGGGGUGGCCAAUAUGGGAUCCAGUGCCAUUCUUCUCGCAAUCACAAACCCUCCGUUUCUUCUUUUCCCUAAUGUUGCACACACCCAACACUUACUUCUUCCUACUUCUCUUACGAGUGCUUGUACCAGCAGAUGCAGAUGCAGCCGCAGCAACGGGAGGCGAUUCCCUUCGUUGUCUUUGAGAAAUGGUGCCUCCUUCGUGUUGGCGUGUCUCCCUACUUCUUCUUCUUCAUCGUCCUCUGCUCCCAACACUUCUUCUACUAAGCUCUACGUGAGUGGUCUCUCUUUUCGUACCACUGAAGAGAGCUUACGAAAGGCUUUCGAGAACUUUGGUCAACUCAUAGAAGUCAAUCUAGUGAUGGAUAAAAUAGCAAAUAGACCAAGAGGGUUUGCUUUCAUUCGUUAUGUGACGGAGGAGGAAUCCCAAAAAGCUAUUGAGGGAAUGCAUGGGAAGGAAAUUGAUGCUAUUUGUCUUGGCCCAGCAUGGAUUUGAUGGUCAAAAUGCUCAAUAGGCAACAACAUAAUGUUCCACUUUUGAUAUACCUGCAUAAAAAGGAGAGUCAUUUAUUUUUAACUGGACUGUAUAGAGAAAUAAGAAGUAGGUUGAUGGGGGUUUUUUUCUUUCCUCGAAUCUCCAAGUAAUUGAUAUAUAUGUCAUGUGCUUGUUGGGCAUCUUAGGACUACAAGAUAUGUUUGAUAACAAUAAUCUGUCAUUGGGGAAUCUAAUAGUCCCUACUUCUUCAGGCUUAGUCUUGUGACUUCUAGCUCUUUAGAAAAUUUUAAUUCAAAAGAACUUUUGAGCGAAACCAGAUGGUGAAUUUCAUUGUUAUCCUUUCCUUCUUUGAGCCCAAAUCUUACAUUGGUUGCAUCUAUUUGCUA